AUGCAUAUCGAACAUGGAGCUUUCCUCCAGCUCACCCAGCUAGAAGAGCUCCACUUGCGGGGUAACGGCUUGAAAAUCAUCCCCCCUCUCCUCUCAUCACUCCAAAGCCUAAACCUCGGCUACAACCAGCUACAGUUUUGGAAGCCUCCUAAGAUGUUCCACCUAGGCAAUCUAAAGACUUUGUAUAUGGAUGGGAACUGUUACUAUAAAAAUAAGUGUCACACCGGCGUGCAUAUCCACAAAGACUUCUUUAAAGGCAUGAACGAGCUGAGGAACCUCUCUCUAGGAUACAACAACCUGACAGAGGUCCCCAGGAACCUCCCACCCAGCCUGGAGCUCCUCCUCCUCCAUUACAACCAGAUACAGUACAUGCAUCCAGGGGACUUCAGCGGCCUGGGGAACCUGACAACCCUAGACCUCCGUGGAAACUGCAGGAGGUGCGACCAUGCCUCCGCGGAGUGCAUACCCUGCCUGCCCGGCUCUGUAAACCUAGAUUCAGACUUGUUUGCAAACCUGAGUGCGCUCAUUUGGUUGUACUUGAACGACAACUCUCUUUUCUCGCUCAACAAGUCCCUUUUUGUGCCCCUGGUGAAUCUAGAGGUUCUGGAACUUUCGAACAACUUCCUUGCCAGGGAGACAGACAAUGACUCUGGUCUCCUUUUAGGAGAACCAGCCUUUCAGAGCUGUGUCAAACUUAGGAACCUCAACCUCUCGUUUAACUAUAGGAAGAACACUACUUUCCAUAAGCUCUACCUCUCUGAUGAUUUCAUUCACAUGAAAGCAUUGGAAAAGCUGACCAUCACAGGUUGCUUCUUUCAGAGUGUGGACGAGGCUUCCAUUAGACCUCUGGCCAAACUCCUCAGGCUGAACAGAAUAGAGCUUCGGCUUAAUUUUAUCAACAAACUCAACCUGCAGCUUUUUGCCAACAAGACUUCCCUCAAGUACAUUGGUCUUUCUGAAAAUGAAAUCACCUGCCAGAACUGCAGAGAAUUUCCAGGUGUUACUCCAUCCCACAGGAAACUACUUUCCUUCGGUCCUGCAGGAAUGAACACAACAGGGAUUCAGAGUGACUACCCCCAGGAGCAGCAAACAUUCAUUUCCAUGCUUCACAGAUGCAGCCCCUACAAGAUGUUGAAUCUGAGGAAGAAUAACCUCAUCUUCAUCCAACCUGAGUUGUUCCAAGGUUUCGAGGACAUUGAGUGCCUGAUCCUGUGUCACAAUAGCAUAAGUCAGGCAUUCGACGGGAACCAGUUUGCUAACCUGAAGGACCUCAAAUUUCUGGAUCUCUCGUACAACAGGAUUAACUUAUACUUUGAAGGGGCUUUUUCUGAGCUGCAAAGCCUGGAGGAGCUGGACCUGAGCAACAACAAUUACCACUUCAUGUUGAGCGGGAUGGGACACAAGUUAGACUUUGUUGCAAAGCUUUCCUCCCUCAGGGUCCUAAACCUGGGCUUCAAUUCCAUCUCUGCCAGGAUCUCGCAGCGCGUGUACAGUGCCUCGAUAAAGGAGUUCAUUUUCAGAGGCAACCGCCUAGACAUCAUGUGGCCCACUGAAAUCUACUUCGAAUUCUUUCAGAAUCUGAACAAUUUAACCAUGCUGGACUUAUCACUAAAUCAUCUCACAAGCUUAUCUUCAAAGGUCAUACAAAAGCUGCCAUCAACUUUAAAAUCCCUAUACCUCCUAAAAAACGAGCUCACCUCUUUCCCUUGGGAAGCACUGAGGUAUCUCCCCUUUCUUGAAGUACUAGAUCUCAGCAACAACUAUUUUGUGACCCUGUCUAAAAGCAUGGUGCCCAGCAGCUUUAUUCCAGUUAACGCUACCGUCCGCGAACUUACCCUAAGCAUCAACAAGAUUAGCACAAUCGAGAAAGACUUCUUCCACAAUGCUACAAUGCUGUCCAGCCUCAACCUGAGCUACAAUCAGAUGCAAAGAGUGGAGUUCACCGAUGGCUUGUUAAGGACCCUGAGUGUGCUCGACAUCAGGAUGAACCCCUUGAUCUGCACGUGCGACUCCACUUUUUUAGAAUUGGUCAGCAAGUUUAACAUCUCCAUCCCCUUCCUGACCAACCAGGUGACAUGUGGAUCCCCUUACCUGCUGAAAGACAAGAGCAUCUUCAGCAGCGGCGCAUUAGUCUGCUCCGACAGCCACAACAUGUACUUGUUUUCCUCCUUGUUCCUCUUGACUCUUCUGUUCGUGAUCGUCCCAAUGCUGAAACAGUUCCUGGGCUGGGACGUGUGGUAUGCCUUCUAUAUCUGGUCUGCCCGAUCCUGGGGGUUCUUUACGAAGAGCACCGAGAGCAAAGACUUUGAUGCCUUCGUUGUGUUCGACAAGGGACAAGGGCCCGUGUCAGACUGGGUCUACAACGAGCUCAGGGUUCAUCUAGAGGAGACUGGGAUCCAUCAGUUAAGGCUGUGCCUCGAAGAAAGAGACUGGGUCCCAGGACAUUCUUCCAUUGAGAACCUGUACAGCGCUGUCCAAAACAGCAAGAAAACAGUGUUCGUGCUCUCCAAGGGACAGGCUGUGUGCGGGAUUCUGAGGGAGACCUUCUUCAUGGCCCAACAACGGCUGCUGGAUGACAAGGAGGAUGUCAUGGUCUUUAUCCUCCUGGAGAGGGCGCUGAAAGGCUCCCGCUACCUCCAGCUUCGCAGGCUCCUCUGCAGGGAAACGGUUCUUGUCUGGCCCCAGAACCCGCGUGGUCAGAGUUACUUCUGGCACAAGCUGCGCUGUGUCCUCAGCAAGGACAACCAGAGUUACUACGACAGCAACUUCAGCCUGAGCUUUGAGGGCUGA